AUGCGCGGCAGCGCGCAGCAGCGCGCCCUGCGAGAUUCGGAGAAGAGUGAUUCUAUUAACACCUACCCUGAAGAAACGCCAGUGAAUGCUCACGGCACUUGCACAAGUGCCACGCGCAUUGGAAAGCUUCAGUCACUUCCCCGGCCUCAGUCCCAGCAGAUGCCCCAGAGGGCCAUGCUGGGGGUACUUCGGAGAGGGCACAAUGCAAGGGCAGUGGCUCACUGGGCAGCUGCCUCUAGUCCUGACAUGGAGGGAGAGUGGCUGGCAGGGGCCUGGCACUGCUUGGGCAUGGUAGAGGAGUUUCUAGGACUGCAGGGCAUAGUGCAGGGUGUAUGUCCUCCUCUGAGCAUCCUUGGGAAGUCACAGUGGAGCAGGCCAUCUUCAAGGGAGGAUGGACAUGAAGACAUCCUCCACCCUGUUUUCCAGUACAGAAUGGAGAGACAGGAAAAGGAUGACCCAGGCAUUUGGGGAAAUACCUUUUUUCCUUCUGAUUUUGUAUUUAUUGCCCAAGAAAUGGCAUUAGCACUUAGUCACGUUUCUUUCAUGCAGCUCAGUUCAAUCCUGGACAAUCAGCACAGUCACAGCCCCCAGCAAAGUAAACCUGAGCGCCCCAAACACUUGCAAGAGGCGGCAGGUAGCUGUGCACACUGCGCUCAAACCCUCACAGAAAAGACGUACGGCAUUAAAGCCACCCAGAAUUCAGAAGAUAUUAGGAAUGUUGCCCUAAAUACCAUCCAGCAAGAGGAGAAACACUGGGCCCCAACAAUAGGGGACUUAAAUCAGAAUUUACUUAUGUCUUCAGUAGAUGAGAGUGAGAAAUUUCUCGAUGGACUUAAUCUGAAGCCUAUUCCGAUCAAAGGAAAAAAUACCAUUUGGGCUACAUGGAGCCCUGUAUCAAGAUCUCCAUGCCCGUUUUUGCCGGGACAGCUACAGAAGAUGAACCAUCUUAUUCAACUUUUACCAUUGCUCUUGGCUUCCACAUUUGCUGACAAAGAAAGUCAGAAAACAGACCACAACUCUUCUUCAAACAAUGCCAGUCAUAAACGACUGAAGAGAGACUGGAUAUGGAACCAAAUGCAUAUCAAAGAAGAGAUUGAUACACCGUUACCACACCAUGUUGGCAAGAUCACAUCAAGUGUAAGGAACAGCAACGCUAAGUAUAUCAUUGAAGGUGAAUAUGCCAACACCAUUUUUAAAGUGGAAGAAACCAGUGGUGAUGUCUAUGCAUUUGAAAGGUUAGACAGAGAAAAGAAAGCCGAGUAUGAGCUGACAGCUCUCAUUAUUGACAGAAGAAACAACCAGUCACUGGAACCCCCGUCUAAAUUCAUUAUCAAGGUUUACGACGUUAAUGACAAUGUCCCUGUGUUUGUGCAAAAAGUAUUCAAUGGAUCUGUCCCAGAAAUGUCACCAGUAGGAACGUCGGUCACCAAAGUGACAGCUGUAGAUGCUGAUGACCCAACUGUUACAGGCCAUGCCACAGUUACCUACCAAGUCAUUGAAGGACAGGAAUACUUCACAGUUGAUGACUCUGGUGUAAUUUCUACAACAAGGGCUGAUUUAGACAGAGAGACUCGAUCAACAUACGAAAUUAUUGUUAAAGCAAAAGAUGCUCCAGGAUCUUCUGGGGAUUCAAGCACAGCUACAGUCAUUAUCACUUUAACUGACAUCAACGACAAUUUCCCAGUAUUCAAACACUCAUCAUUUCACUUUAAAGUUCCUGAAAACAUUUCAGUUGGAGGAGAAGUUGGCAGAGUCAAAGUAGAAGAUAUUGAUGAACCACAACACAGAAACACAAGAUACAGUUUUGUGAGAGGAAAUUACAGGGACACCUUUGAAAUUGUAGCAAAUCCAUUCACAAAUGAAGGAAUCAUUAGGCCAAAGAAGCCCCUGGACUUUGAAAAAGUAGCAGAAUAUCAGUUUGACAUUGAAGCAACAGAUCCCACAGUUGAUCUUCGAUAUUUCAAAUCUGGUGGCCCUAGGAGUAUUUCAAGAGUCACCAUCGAAGUCACUGAUGUUGAUGAGCCUCCUGUCUUCACAAAACUACCAUAUGAAUUUAAAGUAAAGGAAAACGAUCCAGAAAUAUUAACACUUGGUUCAGUUUGGGCACACGACCCUGAUGCAGCUAAACGGAAAAUCAGAUUUAUUCGACGAAGAGCUAGUCCUAAUGGAGACUAUAUUAGGGUAUCUGAUACUGGAAUUAUUCAACUUCCCAAGCCCCUGGACAGAGAAUUCAGUUCCUCAUAUAACAUCACUGUAGCAGCUCAGGAAAUCCUUGAAGAUGGCCGUCUUUCUGACAGAGAAUCACAUGCCCAAGUUCAUGUAAUAGUUGAUGACGAAAAUGAUAAUGCUCCAGAACUUGUUUAUCCCGAGGAACCUAGAGUAUGUGAAAAUGCUGCACCAGGAAAG